AUGUCGGGAAGCGCACGGAAUCUCACAUUUACCCCGCUUGGAGAGGGGCGGGCGGUAACGCGGAGCGAUCGCGAUUUGGUUUCAACAAGUAUCAUUAUUGACAAUACGUGCCGGGUGUACAUCACACAGAUCCCACUAGAGCGUAUUGAACGGGAUGGGGCCAACGCUCUGCGUGCUGAAUUUGAGGCGUUUGGUCCUGUGGAAUCGUACAAAAUGUUUACAGAAAAGUCAGGACGCUUUAUUGGGAGUGUGCUGUGCACGUACCGCAACCCCGCGGACGCCAGUGCAGCGGUGCAGAACAUGAACGGUCAACAAAUUGAAAGUAGUGUCCUUAAGGUUUCCCUCUCCCGUGAUCACGGCGUUGUGCUUUUGCAUCGUGCAGGGCCCAAGGGCCGUCGCGGCAAUGGCGUUGACGACGAUGAAGAGGAAGGCAGGUGGCAACACGAUCAAUACCAGGCCCUCCUGAAUGGCGAUCUCGAGGAUGACACGGUGGGCAGCUAUGGAUACCGACGUGGCGGUCGUCGAAGACGUGGAGGUCGCGGCGGGAUUCGCAGCGUAGAUGAUGCCUUUGAGCGCUACAUUGCUUCACGUGACCGGGAAGCCAUGGAAAAAUACCAGAAAACUACCCCCAGCGAUGGCGACAAAGUGUCCAAGAAAGAAGAAAAGGACAUUGGUGAGGUGAGUGGCGUCCCCAGCAACGAGAACGAGGACGACGGGAAGGUGACAUCGACGUCCCUUCCUGGAUCCUUUGGAGGUGAAGGUGAGGACCAAUAA